AGAGUGCUCCACCACGCUCCUCAGCUUAUGAGCUGAGCAGCAGAACAGACGAGAGCACGAGCAGAGCCGCGCCAGCAAGUGACAAGCGGGCAAGUCACCAUCCUCGCUCCAUGGCGUCCUCGCCUUCUGCGCUCGCGUCCGUCGUCAAGGCCGCCGUCGUCCCCGUCCCGCCACCGCGGCCGGCGGCUGCGGCCGUGGCAGUGCCGCGGCGCGCGCCGGUGCCAACCGUCCUGCGAGCCGCGGGCGGCCACGCGCGGCGAGGCGCGGCGCUGGUGGCGGCCUCUGCGCUGGACGACCUGCGCCCGGCCAUCGACGAGUACCCCGAGGGCGUCCUGUCCGGGGAGUGGCCCGAGAACUUCUCCCUGCUUAGCUACGCCGACCUCCGCGCCUACCUCGAGUCCCAGAUCACCACCACCGGCGAGAUGAGCCCGACGGCGAGGCUCGUGGACGUGAUGUCGCGCCCCGUGCAGGUGGCCACGCCGGGGCAGCGCCUUGCGGAGGUCGACGCUUUCUUCGCCGCGCAGCAGUACUCCGGCCUGCCGGUGGUCGACGAGGAAAGCAGGUGCGUCGGGGUCGUCUCCAAGAAGGACAAGGCCAAGGCGCUCAACGGGAUAGAGUCAACUACUGUUGGUGAAGUGAUGUCGUCCCCUGCUAUAACUCUGACACUUGAGAAGACUGUCUUGGAAGCUGCUGCUCUGAUGCUCAAGGAGAAGGUCCACAGGCUACCGGUCGUGAAUGAACAGCAGAUAGUGAUUGGAAUUAUCACCCGAACGGACGUGUUCCAGGCUUUGGAGGCCAACAACCGAGCAUGAUCAGAUCCCUUCUUGACUUGUUUUCACCACUGGUGGAUCGCCGGAUGUUGCUCGCCUUGUACAUAUGAUCAAUCAGACUGCUGAAUGCUGAUCCGUCUUGUAAAUCAUAGCCGUGUAAUAGAAUCUGGGUGUGUUGAACUGAAGCUUACGAACACCAGUACAUGUGAUCUACAUGCCAUAUGUUUCCGAGCACGUGUAAGUGUGCUGGAUCCAUA